AUGGAGUCAAUUGUGAAGGUAACCUCUCCAGAAAUGGUCCCAGUUAUAGUAGAGAAGCUUAGGGCCUCUUUCUUAACUGGUAAGACAAGAUGCUUGGAUUAUCGCAAGAAACAGCUAAAACAGUUGUAUUUCCUUGUUCACGAUAACCAGCAAGCCUUUGUUGAUGCCAUCUAUAAAGAUUUGGGUCGACCGAAUAUGGAGACUUCGUUUGGAGAAAUCAUCACUUUUAAGAACGACUGCUUAAAGUCGAUCAAAAGCCUUAAAAAAUGGGCCAAGGAUGAAAAUGUUUGGCCAGGCUUGCCCUUCAUGCUUCAUUCCACCUAUGUUCGCAAGGAUCCUAAAGGCACUGUUUUAGUUCUGGGAGCUUGGAACUACCCAAUUACUGUGCAACUGAGUCCGAUGAUUGGUGCCAUUGCGGCCGGUAACACCGCUGUACUGAAGCCCUCGGAAAUCUCGCCGCAUACGGCCCAGCUGAUUGCAGAUUUGUGGCCCAAAUAUAUGGAUCUUGAAACUACCGCUGUGAUCAAUGGUGGAAUUUCGCAAGCCCAGGCACUUUUAGAAGAGCGAUGGGAACACAUUUUCUAUACAGGCAAUGGCCGUGUUGGUCGUAUUGUUGCCGAGAAAGCUGCGAAAUUCCUGUGCCCGGUCACGCUUGAAUUGGGCGGCAAAUCCCCCGUUAUUAUUGACGAUACGGCCAAUCUGAGCAUUGCAGCACAUCGAAUCCUAUGGGCCAAGUCCUUCAAUGCAGGUCAAACUUGCAUCGCUCCGGAUUAUAUUCUCAUUGACCGCAAAAUUCAAGAUAGAUUUGUCGCUGAACUGCAAAAGGCGCAGCGCCAAUUCGGGAAGGAGGCGCUUGUUAAUGGGAAAGAUAUUGGCAGGAUCGUAAAUGUAAAUCACUGGAAACGCAUCUACAAUCUUGUGACCUCGUCUACGGCGGAAUUGGUUCUUGGCGGGGUCGAUGAGGCAGAUGAAGAAACACGUUUCAUGCCUAUCACAGUCUUCAAGAAUGUACAUGCGAAUGACUCGACGAUGAGUGAAGAGAUCUUUGGUCCUGUUCUUCCUAUUAUACCUGUUGACAGUAUUCGUGAAGCUGUUGACUUUGUGAAUGCGCGCGACCAACCACUUGCGCUGUAUAUGUUUUCUGAGAACAAGGCUGUGUGUGACUAUAUAAUGAGGUACACUCGCUCUGGUGGCGUCGUCCGUGGAGACAUGCUCAUUCACUUUGCAAUUGAUGCGUUGCCAUUCGGUGGGACAGGACCUGCAGGUUUUGGUGAUUACCAUGGUCAAAACAGCUUCGAAUGCUUUUCUCACAAGCGUUCUGUCGUUAUCGCCCCAGCAGGUGGCAUUCUUGGCUCUCUUGUGGAGAAGAUCAUGGCAAUGCGUUACCCCCCGUACUCUAAUGCCAAAAACAAGUUCUUCCAAUUAGUGCUUUCUGAUCACGCCAAACUCAGUCGUCCCCUUGAGCCGACCAAGUCGAACACAAACAUUGAUCAACCGAUCAAUAGGACGGCUCUGCUGCGGAUCGUAUGUCGCAAAAAGCUUUUCUUGGCGGUACUAUUGCUAGCCGUGGUGCUUCGUGUCUAUGGUUAA